AUGAUUAUAAGCUCCUGGAACAUUAGAGGUUUAGGUGGUGCUGGAAAAUUCAGUAUGAUAAAGAAUUUUAAAAUUAAGUUUCAUUUGGAUAUGUUGGGGUUGAUAGAGACAAAAAAGGAGCUGGUAACUAAGUUUGACGUUAUGCGUAUUUGGGGUAGAGAUGGAGCUGGGUGGGAGUAUGUAAAUUCAGUUGGGGCUUCCGGAGGAUUGUUGCUCAUAUGGGACGAAACAGUGUUCAAAUUGAAUAGUUGCUAUAAAGGAGAUAUAUGGAUGUGUGUAGAAGGGGUUGUGAUAAAAGAUCAAUUUCAGUGUGCAGUUUGUCUGGUGUAUGGACCACAUGUGAGAGCUGAGAAGAUAGUAGUCUGGGAAGAAUUGAGUUAUAUUGCAGGGUUGUGCCAGGUUCUGGUUUGUUUUCUGGGUGACUUUAAUGAAAUUAUGCAUUUGGAAGAAAGGAAAGAAGCUACUACAUUAUCAACGUCCGCGGAGGAUUUUAGAGCUUGGGUAAAUGAUAUGGAGCUGGUUGACAUGCCGUUAAAUGAUCGAAGGUAUACAUGGUUUAGGGGGAGUUCCUGUAGUCGAAUUGAUAGGAGCCUCGUCACCUUGGGAUGGCUAGAGAUGUAUCCAGGGACGAGACUAAGGGGGGUCCAAGAGGUUUAUCAGAUCAUUGCCCAUUGA